AAUCAAUAGGCAUGCUCUGGAGUGCGGGUAACUAAUAUCUGCACUCCAGUUAACGCACUGUGCAUGUAUAUGUAUACGAUUUAACUCUGACACAAUUUCAACAGAAAUGCCCCCAAACUAUGAUACAAUAAUGUUUACACAACUUUGCAGGAGGAUAUGAGGAAUAUACAGGAAAGAUUAAAACGUCACAUAGAAGAACGUGCUGAAAUUGUUGACUGCAUACACAUGUACGAGGAGAAAACUAGCACUACAUUACCGGAAAUUGGUUGCCGCGUGCGACGUGGUCCCAAUUGGAAAUACAAUAACCAAGAUGGCAAUGGUCCUGGGACAGUGAUAGGCCACGACGGUGAUGACAACCAUGUAUGGUGUGAAUGGGAUAAUAAUGGAUUAAAAAAAACAUACCAUUACGGUCCAAGGGCAUACAGCGUACUAGUUGUUGACGAGCCGAGGAUCCUAAAACCAGGGGAAGUAAUUGCUGUUGGAUGUCAAGUUGUUCCAGGUAAAGAUUGGAAAAAUUCUGAGGGCAAUGUAGAUAAUGGUGUUGUUAUAAAAUUAGACAAACGAGCAAACUCUGUGUUGGUUCGAUGGAAUAAUGGUAGAAGAGGAAUUUAUUCUUACGGUACAGAUGGAAAGCAGGAAGUUCGGCUAAAAACAAAUGCUCUGACAAGGAAAGUUACUUUCAAUCAGUUAUUGAAUUCAAGAGCGCAGUUUCUUUAAAUUAUGUUACUCUAUGUUACUGAAUAUGUCUGAGAAUUGAGUACCACUCAAGCCGGUUCUAGUGGGCUUGAGGGAUGUUGCACUCAUUCAUUAUCCCUCAUCAAUGGAACCGAGUCUGCAAUUUUCAUGUAAUUUUGUUGUGAUUAAAGCUUCCGAGGGAUCACUUGUAAU